AUGGCUUCCGGCUACGGUCUGCAUGGAGGCCCCGGCCGAUGCUUUCCCUUCUGGCAAGAAGUUCUGACUUGCUACGUCGUCAACACAUCUGCCGAGGAUGACUCGGGAAAGAAGAAGUGCGCUCCAAUCCUAGAGGAUUACUACGAGUGCCUGCACCACAAGAAGGAGGCUGCCAGAACAAGAGCACUCCAAUCUGCUUUUAGGAAAGCCGAGUCCUCUGCAGGACGCGACAGCGCACCGACUGCAGGUCAAAUAAGGAAUUUGGGACUGUUAGACAAGGACGACGACACGAAGAAGGUUCUCGAGAAAUGA